AAAAGGGAAGCCCUGUGUAGAGUGUCAUGCGUAAUCGACAUGUCCAGCCUCUUAGGAGUCUAUCAGACUUUUUAAACAUGACAUGCUAAUAGAGUAAGAAAGAGAAGCACCGAGACGGAGGAAUCUGGAAAGAUUUAAACAUGUCGUCCAGCCUGAGGUUGAAGGUGCUCCUCUUCUUUGCUCUAUUCUUUGGAGCAACAGGGUUUCUCUUCCUGAUUCUCUCCUGUGGGACUGAGUACUGGCUGCUGGCUGCAGAGUCCUGCAGCAACCCCGGAGAACACAGCCUGAGAGACGGGAAGAGCAACGUGAAGAAUUCACAGGGUGUGACCAUUUUCCAUGAGGGUCUGUUCUGGCGGUGCUCCUACACGGCCUUUUCUCACGAUUACUCAAUAUGGGACCUUUGGAUCUCAAACCAGCCUCUACCAAAAGUGUGCGAGGUCGCUUUCCUCUUCCCUUUUCCUGCUAACAAGCCGGUAGAGCUGUGGGAUGAGCCGCACAAGUUUCCUGGACAGCCUGUUGAACGCAAUGCGGCCACUGUUUUCAGGAUCUGCUGGACCAUCUUCUUCGUCAUGGGUUUGGCGGCGAUCAUCAUCGGUGGAUUUGUUGUCAUCUGUGCCGGCCCACUGACCAACCACAAGCUCUAUAAAGUGGGCGGGGCUCUACAGCUGCUUGGCGGCGUGUGUCUGUUCAUCGUGGUGGUGAUGUAUCUGAUGUGGAUCCAGGUCCUGGACACUCUGGAUCAGUUUACCCUCCACCAGAAAGCCUCUCGCUGCCCGUCUUUCCAUCUCAGCGUCCAGCACGGCCCCUCGUUCUUCCUGGCUCCGGUGGCCGUCUUCUUCUGCCUACUGGCCGGCCUCCUCUUCGUCCUGGUCGGACGAAGCAUCGAGAGUAAAGAGCUGGACAGCACGGACAAAAUCUCGGAGAUUUCGACAGAUGAGCUGUGAAUACAGACAGUCGACUUGUUCAAAAGUUCACCGCUCCACGUGUCUGGAGUGAAAUGCCGUGUGCUUGGUGUGUAGAUGAGUUGCAAAUGUGGAGCUGAUGAUGCUUGAGAAGAAAAACAAAUGGUUUGUGGCUUAAAAUCAGUCACAGGAGGCUCCUGACGAAUCUGAUUUUGUCUUGUACCAUCGACUGAAUGCUGUGAUUUUUAGUCUUUUUAGUUGUCUCUUGUGUAGCAGCACUGUAAGCAUUAAAGAAAUGCUUACAGAGUCCUGGCCAAUGAUAUUCAUGCUGUUACCAUCCUUUAUAUACAGUUUACAGUCCAUUCAGAUGAUAGACUGUAUAUAAAAGCUGGACAUAACCAAUGUGAUGUCAAGCAUUGGCAUUUGAACUUUCCUUUUUGAAGACCUAAUGUUAUCAUGGCGCCAGAAGUGACCAUAUCUGGAGUGCUAAGUGAUUAGCUUGGUUAGUAAGCUUGCAUUCAUAAACUGCACAUAUCUGCUAAUUAGUACUAAAGAAAUACCAGAAUUUAAUUCACCAAAACUAAAUCAGGCUUCAUUAUUAAUCAGAUAAGUUGAUUUAAAGUUAUCCAAAAGGCAUCAGGACCACAAACACAGAGGAGAUGUUGAGCUUCGUGAGGCCUCGAAGAAAGCUAAUCGCUACAACUGCCUGAGUAGGCUUCAAGCUCCUAUUUGAAAAUUCAUUCAACAGGACUGUUGUUUAAUUACUGUAAAGUUGAGCAUUACAACAGUCUGUUUACAUCAUAACAUUAUAACAGUAUAGCUCACACUGAGUCAUGUCGGCUUCAUUUUUCAGGUGGCCGCCACUUCAUCUAAAGUGGAAAUGUUGAUUGUGUUGUUGCUGUGGGGGAAAAAAGAAAUAACUGUGUGUUUGUUUUUAAUACAGUGACAUUUGAUUGACUAGUCAAAUGGUUUAUGCCAUUAUAUUUUUCUCUGAUCUCGUUUUGGUUAGAGAUUUAUUUUGUUUUUAUUUUAAUUUACGUGAUCGUAUCGCGUGUGCUUGAAUUACUGUUUACCUCAUUGUUGAUACAUUCUUUUGUUGUAAUUGAAAAAAAUAUACAAUUACACAAUAUAAAAAGUUAAGAGAGGGCAUCAAACCAACGUUCAUACAGGACAAUUUUCAACACAUCAAAAAGCAUCAUUUACAUUAAAGGCCUAAACCUUG